AUGGGCAGUGGAGGACAAGACCAUUGCGACUCCGUCGAUGGUGGAGGCAGCCGGCGAUGGGCAGUGGAGGACAAGACCAUUGCGACUCCGUCAAAGGUGGAGAAGGCCGGCGAUGGAGCUUCUGAUUCGGAUGAGACUAAGCGGUUGCGUGAUUCUCAGAAGAAGGUUCAGCAAAACGACUGCAUUUUCUGCAAGAUUGUGUGCGGUGAAUCACCGGCUCUCAAGCUCUAUGAAGAUGAUGCGUGCCUAUGCAUAUUGGAUACAAAUCCUCUGAGUCAUGGGCAUUCUCUUAUCAUUCCAAAAUCUCAUUUCUGCUCCUUAAAAGCUACUCCACCACAUGUGAUAGCUGCAAUGUGUUUGAAAGUGCCGUUUAUCAGUAGUGCAACAAUGAAAGCUACUGGUUGUGGUGUGUAUUUAUAUUUCACUGCUAUUACUAUUAUUUAUUCUUUUUUUCAUUGAUCAAAAGAUGAACUGUCACCUACAUGAUUACUUUUCUAUAAUGU